AUGGAAAUGAAAUCUUAUAAACCACAUUUAGAAUUCCCAUCAACAUCAGAAGCAGUGUUGAAACGAAUACUAUCAGAUUCUACUGUCGAAGGAAUUAUUUUAAUUAAUAACGAAGGACAACCUCAGUACACUUCGCUUGAUAACAAUAUCACAUUUUCAAUUGCGUCGAAGUUGUUUUCGUUUACCAACAUAGCACGUUCAACUAUUCGGGAUAUUGACCCAACAGAUAAUUUAUUAACACUACGACUCCGAACACGUGAGAAAGAAAUUAUGGUUGUUGCCCCGGAAGAUGGAGUAUAUGCUAUUGCUAUACAAAAGAUCCAGUCGAAGAUACCAAUCAAACAAAACUCGGACAAUGAAGACAAUGAUGAUUAA